AUGUGGAAAGGCAUUGAGAUUGCUAGAGGGGUGGAAAUGACAACACAUUCUCAGUUUGCUGAUGAUACUUGCCUUUUCGGCAUGGCUUCCAUGCAAGAAGAAACGAUAAUGAAACAAGUUCUUGAUAGAUAUAGCUGGGCCACUGGACAAGAGAUCAAUUGGCAAAAGUCAGAGAUAAUCUUUUUUCAUACAAAAGUUGGCGCUCAGAGAGCCAUUGCUAGACUCUUUGGCAUCAGAAUUGGACAGCUCCCAAAGAAGUUUCUUGGUAUGCUGCUCUUUGCUGGAGUGGGUAAGAUGGAGAUUUGGAAAGGACUAAUUGAUGGUUGUAAAGAAAAAAUGGAGGGUUGGAAAAGUAUUUGGCUCACGUUGGCCAGUUGCAUUUUAAUGUUGAAAUCAGUAAUCUCGGCAAUGCCAAUUUUCUCCAUGGCUUUCUUUAAACUUCCAGGUAUGAUCAUCAAGAACAUUCAACCAAAAAUGAGGAAAUUCAUGUGGAACGGUAAACAGGAUCAGGACAAAAUUCCUCUAAUGGCUUGGGAUAGAGUUUGUAAACUGAAAGGGGGAGGAGCUGUAGGGUUCCGUGACUAG